AUGGGUCGCCAUCCAGAGGUGGUCUGGGCUCAACGGUCAGACAACGUUAUUAUCACAGUCGAGCUCCCUGAUGCUAAAGACAUUAAGACGAAUCUAGAUCCAGAGGGGAAGCUAUCAUACUCAGCUAAAGCAGGAGCCGACGAUCAAGUCUUCGCCGUCGAUCUUGAGCUGUUUGAUAAAAUUAAUGUCGAGGAGAGCAAAGUGGUGAGCACCUUGCGGCACACAAUAUUCAUGGUGGUGAAGGCGGAGGCCAAGUGGUGGCCUCGGCUGAUCAAGGCGGCGGGACGAGCUCCGCCGUUCCUCAAGGUUGACUGGAACAAGUGGGUCGAUGAAGACGAGGAGUCAAGUGCUAACCAAUUGGACCCUGACUUCAUGAAACAAUUCCAGGGUGCUGGUGGCUUCGGUGGUGCGGGUGGCUUUGGUGGUGGUUUUGGAGGUGGUGAUUUUGGAGGUGCUGACUUUGGUGGUGCUGAUUUCGGAGGUGCUGGGCUUGGUGGUGAUGAGGAUGAGGACGAGGAGGAUGAAGAGUUGGGAGACCUUGAGAACUUCACUCUCACAGCCACCCCCUUCCGCCUCUCACAAAACCUCUCCACAGCCUCCUCCCCCACCUCCCCCCUUUCCCCCACCUGCAGCCCCAACCGCCUCAGCUUCCCCCCUUCCCCCCGCGCAGGGGACUGCCAGGGCGCGAGAGGCUGGGCGGGGCAGGAGAGGCUGGGCGGGGCAGGAGAGGCUGGGCGGGGCAGGAGAGGCUGGGCGGGGCAGGAGAGGCUGGGCGGGGCAGGAGAGGGCUGGGCGGGGCAGGAGAGGCUGGGCGGGGCAGGAGAGGCUGGGCGGGGCAGGAGAGGCUGGGCGGGGCAGGAGAGGCUGGGCGGGGCAGGAGAGGCUUGGGCGGGGCAGGAGAGGCUGGGCGGGGCAGGAGAGGCUGGGCGGGGCAGGAGAGGCUGGGCGGGGCAGGAGAGGCUGGGCGGGGCAGGAGAGGCUGGGCGGGGCAGGAGAGGCUGGGCGGGGCAGGAGAGGCUGGGCGGGGCAGGAGAGGCUGGGCGGGGCAGGAGAGGCUGGGCGGGGCAGGAGAGGCUGGGCGGGGCAGGAGAGGCUGGGCGGGGCAGGAGAGGCUGGGCGGGGCAGGAGAGGCUGGGCGGGGCAGGAGAGGCUGGGCGGGGCAGGAGAGGCUGGGCGGGGCAGGAGAGGCUGGGCGGGGCAGGAGAGGCUGGGCGGGGCAGGAGAGGCUGGGCGGGCAGGAGAGGCUGGGCGGGGCAGGAGAGGCUGGGCGGGGCAGGAGAGGCUGGGCGGGGCAGGAGAGGCUGGGCGGGGCAGGAGAGGCUGGGCGGGGCAGGAGAGGCUGGGCGGGGCAGGAGAGGCUGGGCGGGGCAGGAGAGGCUGGGCGGGGCAGGAGAGGCUGGGCGGGGCAGGAGAGGCUGGGCGGGGCAGGAGAGGCUGGGCGGGGCAGGAGAGGCUGGGCGGGGCAGGAGAGGCUGGGCGGGGCAGGAGAGGCUGGGCGGGGCAGGAGAGGCUGGGCGGGGCAGGAGAGGCUGGGCGGGGCAGGAGAGGCUGGGCGGGGCAGGAGAGGCUGGGCGGGGCAGGAGAGGCUGGGCGGGGCAGGAGAGGCUGGGCGGGGCAGGAGAGGCUGGGCGGGGCAGGAGAGGCUGGGCGGGGCAGGAGAGGCUGGGCGGGGCAGGAGAGGCUGGGCGGGGCAGGAGAGGCUGGGCGGGGCAGGAGAGGCUGGGCGGGGCAGGAGAGGCUGGGCGGGGCAGGAGAGGCUGGGCGGGGCAGGAGAGGCUGGGCGGGGCAGGAGAGGCUGGGCGGGGCAGGAGAGGCUGGGCGGGGCAGGAGAGGCUGGGCGGGGCAGGAGAGGCUGGGCGGGGCAGGAGAGGCUGGGCGGGGCAGGAGAGGCUGGGCGGGGCAGGAGAGGCUGGGCGGGGCAGGAGAGGCUGGGCGGGGCAGGAGAGGCUGGGCGGGGCAGGAGAGGCUGGGCGGGGCAGGAGAGGCUGGGCGGGGCAGGAGAGGCUGGGCGGGGCAGGAGAGGCUGGGCGGGGCAGGAGAGGCUGGGCGGGGCAGGAGAGGCUGGGCGGGGCAGGAGAGGCUGGGCGGGGCAGGAGAGGCUGGGCGGGGCAGGAGAGGCUGGGCGGGGCAGGAGAGGCUGGGCGGGGCAGGAGAGGCUGGGCGGGGCAGGAGAGGCUGGGCGGGGCAGGAGAGGCUGGGCGGGGCAGGAGAGGCUGGGCGGGGCAGGAGAGGCUGGGCGGGGCAGGAGAGGCUGGGCGGGGCAGGAGAGGCUGGGCGGGGCAGGAGAGGCUGGGCGGGGCAGGAGAGGCUGGGCGGGGCAGGAGAGGCUGGGCGGGGCAGGAGAGGCUGGGCGGGGCAGGAGAGGCUGGGCGGGGCAGGAGAGGCUGGGCGGGGCAGGAGAGGCUGGGCGGGGCAGGAGAGGCUGGGCGGGGCAGGAGAGGCUGGGCGGGGCAGGAGAGGCUGGGCGGGGCAGGAGAGGCUGGGCGGGGCAGGAGAGGCUGGGCGGGGCAGGAGAGGCUGGGCGGGGCAGGAGAGGCUGGGCGGGGCAGGAGAGGCUGGGCGGGGCAGGAGAGGCUGGGCGGGGCAGGAGAGGCUGGGCGGGGCAGGAGAGGCUGGGCGGGGCAGGAGAGGCUGGGCGGGGCAGGAGAGGCUGGGCGGGGCAGGAGAGGCUGGGCGGGGCAGGAGAGGCUGGGCGGGGCAGGAGAGGCUGGGCGGGGCAGGAGAGGCUGGGCGGGGCAGGAGAGGCUGGGCGGGGCAGGAGAGGCUGGGCGGGGCAGGAGAGGCUGGGCGGGGCAGGAGAGGCUGGGCGGGGCAGGAGAGGCUGGGCGGGGCAGGAGAGGCUGGGCGGGGCAGGAGAGGCUGGGCGGGGCAGGAGAGGCUGGGCGGGGCAGGAGAGGCUGGGCGGGGCAGGAGAGGCUGGGCGGGGCAGGAGAGGCUGGGCGGGGCAGGAGAGGCUGGGCGGGGCAGGAGAGGCUGGGCGGGGCAGGAGAGGCUGGGCGGGGCAGGAGAGGCUGGGCGGGGCAGGAGAGGCUGGGCGGGGCAGGAGAGGCUGGGCGGGGCAGGAGAGGCUGGGCGGGGCAGGAGAGGCUGGGCGGGGCAGGAGAGGCUGGGCGGGGCAGGAGAGGCUGGGCGGGGCAGGAGAGGCUGGGCGGGGCAGGAGAGGCUGGGCGGGGCAGGAGAGGCUGGGCGGGGCAGGAGAGGCUGGGCGGGCAGGAGAGGCUGGGCGGGGCAGGAGAGGCUGGGCGGGGCAGGAGAGGCUGGGCGGGGCAGGAGAGGCUGGGCGGGGCAGGAGAGGCUGGGCGGGGCAGGAGAGGCUGGGCGGGGCAGGAGAGGCUGGGCGGGGCAGGAGAGGCUGGGCGGGGCAGGAGAGGCUGGGCGGGGCAGGAGAGGCUGGGCGGGGCAGGAGAGGCGGCCUGA